AUGAUGAUGGCGCAGCCGUUCGCUGCCCAUCCAGGCAUUGCCAACCAUCCCGGUCUGCCUCCCGGCCAUGCAUUGGCUCCAGGUCAACACCCUAAUGCUCACCCAGGCCCCAUGGUGCAGCAAGUACAUCCUGGCGUGUCUGGGCCUGGCCCGCAGGUUUCUCAAGGCGGUCCGAUGAUGGGGCAAAUGCCUCCAGGAGCGGGGACCACUGGGCCAGGAGGCCCUGUACAGGCUCAUGCUCUCUCUCACCUUGGACCGCAGGCACAUUUGUUCCCACAGCCACCCUAUGGCCAGAAUUUAGUCGCCGGGAACCCCCAGCAGCUCAUGCAGCAACACCACCAAAACAUGAUCAGACAACGCAUGAUGUUUCAGCAGAAUGCACAGCAGCAAGGCCAGCCUCAACAACAACAGCCGCCGCAGCAACCACAGCCACAGCCACAACAACAUGGAGGUCUCUCAGUGUCCCUUCCAAAUGGAACGCAAGCAUUGAAUGCAGCGCACAUGGUCGCCAUGCAGAACCCGGCAAUGCGACCGGCGAAUCUGCAAAUGCAGCAACUCCAGCAGAUGUCGCAUGGGCAGCCCCAAAAUAUCCAACAACAGCAGCAGCACCUUUUUGCAAUGCAGCAAGCCGCACAGGCGCAGGCGCAGGCUCAGGCCCAAGCUCAACAGGCUCAACAAGCACAACAGGCCCAGCAACAGCAGAAUGCUGCUGUUCAGCCUGGUCAACACACCCCACAGCAGCGCCCGGCACCCCACCCUCAAAGUGUGCAUGAGGCCCAAAGUGUCACCCCACAACCUCAGCCAGGACCGCCUCCUCACCAAGGAAGCGCAACUCCACAGCCAAAUCCUCCCCAAGCGCCGUCCUCUCAGCCGCCGCAGCAGCAGCCAGCGGUUACUCAACAGCCGCAGCCAACUCCGAACCUCGCCCCCCAACAACUUCCCCAGGCUCAGCAGCCGGGCCAACAACCACAACAGCCACAACCGCAGCCCCAAACGCAACAGCCCCAGUCGCAGCCCCAGUCACAACCUCAACCGCAACCAGGCCAGCAACCGGGACAGCAACCAGGCCAGCAACCCCAUCCAAUGGCCGCGCAGGAGGCGCUCAAAGCCCAGCAGCAACAGCAACAAAAUGCAGCAAUGUUAAUGCAGCAGCAGCAGCGAAUGGCCAUGAGAGGACAGGCGAUUCUAUGUCUCGGUAAUUUCGCGGAACAGCUGAGUAGCUUUUCGUCCCGCGGCGAGGCGAACGAUUUACAGUACUGGUCGACUUUUGUGGACAGAUUUUACUCUCCCACUGGAGUUCUGCGACAAGGCGUGUACAACUCUCAAGCUGGUGCUAAGCAGUUUGAGAUUGCGACACCUGCGCUCGCGCGGUAUUAUUUGACGCAGUUUACGAGUGGUAUCCGUCAGAUCCAGAUGCUUAUCGAGGGUGCUCGGGAAAGGGACUCACCAAAUGGAGGUCAUAUUGUGGAGUGUCCCAGAGCUUCCUUUAUCUACUGGUUUACAAAUGAUUCCCAACUUUUUACGACUGGCACAUUGAAGGCACACUUUGAUUUCCAGAACAAAAUUGAAAUGCUCGAUAUCGUCGUUAUGAAUCAUACGGAGUAUCUUCCUCGGACUAAAUUACAGGCACUGGAGCUAGAUCAGAAGCAAAGCCCCAAGGUUACAAAAGGAACGGGGAAACGAGCCCAACAGAAGCAGCCCCAGCAGCCCCAAUUCACAUUACCCGAGUCUAUGGUGACGUCUAACGGGGUUACCCCUGCAGUAAUGAGCUUCUUAGAGGUGGCGGAAACAAUGUCGCAAAUGCAGCUUCUGCUCCAAUACUCACACCAGAAUCCAACCCUAACACCGACCGAGUCAUUGCGGAGCCUUGUUAGCAAUAUCCAUAAUAACCAGAGUGCAAACCCUGUUUACAUGCAGGGUCAUAUGAACCCCGCACUUCAGCCAGGGCCGAACGCACGAGCGCCCAGCAUGGGCGGGCCCAACCAAUUCGCAUCCCCGGGUAUGGCUCAUCUUAACCUACCGGGUGGCGUUCAGGGGUCGCCUCAUCUUUCUGGAUCGGCUCAUCCAAGCCCCGGACAGAGCAAUCUUGCCGGGCCACCGGGAAUGGGUCCACAGGGCCAAAUGCCACAGCAAGUCGCUAGCGCUAGUGCCAGUCCUAAUGUGAGCAACAAGCGUAGGCGGGCUAGUACCGUCAAGAUGGAGGGCGAGGACGCUGGUGGCGAGGUCAAUGGCACCGCCCCUGGGCCUGCCAAAGUUAAGGCUAGCCCCAGGGUCGGUGGUAAGAGGCAAAAAGGGACUGCUGCAUGA